UGACGUCGAUCGAAGAUGCCAUGAAAAAGAUUUUGGAGGGAAUUCAUAAACAAAUGAACGUAGACAAUGUAGACAAUAAUAAGCCCAAGCCCAUGGCUCUAAAACAACGUGACCUUAAGCAAGCUAUUGAUGUGAUUGACAGGAAUUUUUGUAAUUCCUUAGAUAAAAAAGAAGCUAUAAAAAAAGAAACUCCCACGGCAAAGACAAACUAUCGAAUCCUUUUAUGCGGUGGGGCACCUGGCAUAGGAAAGACACGUUAUGGAGUUGAAUUGUUUAAUUGUCUCUACAAAGAAUGGAAGAUAUCAAAAGGCCAAAAGCCUUACAUGCUUUACAUGCUUCUUGAUUUCUCUAAUGGCUAUGCUUUAGAUGAAUACGAAAUCCAAGGAGAUAUGAAAAUUGCAUCGGAAAUCAUUCUUGGAUUGCGGUUGGCAUACUACUUUUUUGUCAAAAAAAAAUAUGUGAUGAGUUUUGCAAUGUUUAGUACAAAAGCCAAUGAAUAUAAACAUAUUUUCAAGUUGGAUAAUGUCCUCGCGCACAUCUACAGCCAUGAACACAAAAGACUUCAACCUGGCCAGCAUCUUUUCAUUUUUCUCCAAAUUGAUGAAUUUCAGCUUAUUUUUAAAGAUCGAAAGGAAAGAGCUGAAUUAUUUAAACAGUUAAUGUAUGUUCUUGGGCAUCACAUGACCGGAAAAAUUCCAAACAUAUUCAUACAGACUCUACUAUCAGGUACAGCACCACAGGACGCAAUACGAGCAAUGGAACCUUCAAUGUAUUCUUGUGAACCUCUUGACCUUCCACUGCUUUCCUUGGAGUCACGCCUUGAUAUAAUGAGGGAAUUUGCAACAAAUCACGAUGUUUCUGAUUGUGUAUGGGUGCCAAAAAUUUGGAUACAUCAAUUACUCCUUGAUACAGGUGGUCUUCCACGUGCUUUGGAAUACCUUUUUACAGAAUUAUUCGGGCAAAAUUUUACAAAUAUUAAGGAAUUUUUUGAAAAUCUCGAAAAAAGGAUCCCAAUCCCAUCAACAAUCUAUGCAAUCUAUGCCAAUGUCGCAAACGAUAUUAAUAGUGCAUAUAAAAUCAAAGCUUAUGCUAGAAACCAUAAAAUUCUCAUAUACGAGCUUAUUUACAGAAAUAUUAUGGUAAUCGAAUCAGAUAUGUCUGAUGAGUUACAAGAUGGUAACUCUACUGAAAAAUUAGAACAUUUGGAGCGUGAUAGGCACUUGAUACUAAGGAAAUUGGAAGGAAAAGAUAAAGUUCUAAUUGAUAUACCAUACUUCUUUAUGUAUCUUUAUGCUGAUGUCCUUGGAAUUUUUACAGAAAAUCUAAAUAAAGCAUUUUUACCUGAUUCAGAUUGGUCAUGGAAUAAUUGCGAUUUUACACUGGGCCUGUUGAUCAAUUUUGAACCUGUUGAAAUCUAUGAAUUAAAACAUCAAUUUCCAUGCCUGAACCUUUCUGCAAAAGCGGGAAAAACUGCUAUGUUAAAGCCAGGUUACAUUAUGAUCAAUGGUUAUUCGGCACCAUUUGCAGAUGUUUUCUUUUUAGUAGAUAACCCUGAGCCCAUUCUUAUUGCUGUUCAAUGCAGAUGGAGAAAAGUAUCUCUUGAUUUGGAAACAAUCAAAGAUGAGCAUAAGAAAAAUGCAGGUGUUUCUAGUAAAAUGAAAGAAAAAGCCAGAAAAUUGAGGAACGAUGCCAAUACAGCGAGCAAAAAGAAGGGAGAUGAGUUACGAUAUGAGGCAGAGCAAUAUACACAACUUGCUAAUCUUUUGAGCAAAUACCGUAUCAUUACAAUUUUUAUUACCACUCAGCGGUUUAGUGAGGAAUUAGAAUGCAUCCCUGAGGAUUGUAUUCUGAUUCAUCAAGAAAAUUUUGAUACUUUCUUCGGACCUGUAUUUUCUUCUCGUGCCAAGUUUGUAAUGACUAGAGAUUCAAAUCCAAAUAUGAGUACUGCAAGUCAAUUGGCAUCAAGAUACGAAGCAAUUAGUGAAGAUAUGGGGGAGAGAAUAGAAAAAACUAGAAAGAGAAGGACCUUUAUGUCACAUGAAGAUUUCUGUAAAGAAUUUCCGGAAUUAGCUAGUGAUGAUGAGAUCCGAAGUAAUUUUGUUUACUACCCAUACCGUCCACAUAUAGAAUCCUUUGAACAUCCAAACAAGAGAACACGUGUUUAAGAUAAAACCUUUUUCGACUUUUUUUUCUACCGCGUUGGAUUUCGUCAUUGUUAAUAUUUUAUGAAUAAUGUCAUUCUUUAUCACAUUACACAAUGCACAUAUAUUCACAUGUAUACAUAAAAAGUGACUUGUAGUUUUAUUUUAUUAAUAAAGUAUCAUAUGCAUUAUAUAAAA